AUGGGGAAGGGAGACCUGUCUCCCCUCCCUGACAAGGGGCGUGGUCGCUACAUCCUGGUCAUCUACGAGAGCCUGUUGAAGUACGCCCACACUGACUCCUGGAACAGACAGCUGUUACACCAGUACUGUCUCCGUUACCGAGUCGGCAUCAUCACCUUCCAUAGAGCCAAUCAGAACUCUCCGCCCCUGCUGAAUCUCCGGGGUCUACCCCUGCUGCUACGGACAAAUCAGGCGCUCCGAGACGCCUCUGUGAUGUCACGUUCGCCCCUCCUCCACCUGACGCGGGCCGGUACGGACCGUGGACCUCUCCCUGGCGACGACUGGACCACGUUCACCUCCAACCACUCCUCCUACCAGGCUGUUGUCCAGGCGCGGCCCAGGGGGGAGGCCCCGGUGGGCAGCGGAGAUAAUCCAGUCCCUGGUUUCAGUCGGGGCCUACAGGAUACGGUGGUGCUGGAUGUGGGGCUGUUUGACGGGGUUCAGAGGGUCGUCUUCGGACACGGCCUGGGCUACUGGCUACACAGGCUCCUAUUGGUGGACGCUAUCACUUACCUCACGGACAGGAAGUUGUCGUUGGGGUUGGAGCGUCACAUCCUGGUGGAUAUAGACGACAUUUUUGUCGGGAAGGAAGGAACACGCAUGAACACAAAGGAUGUUAAGGCCCUCCUGGACACUCAGAACCAGCUGAGAUCUCAAAUCACCAACUUCACCUUUAAUCUGGGCUUCUCUGGGAAGUUCUACCAUACAGGUUCAGAGGAAGAGGAUGAUGGGGAUGAUUUGCUGCUCGGUUCUGUAUUAGAGUUCUGGUGGUUCCCUCACAUGUUCAGCCACAUGCAGCCGCACCUCUUCAACAACCUCACCUCUCUACAGGAACACAUGAUGCUCAACAAGGACUUCGCUCUGGAUCAUGGUAUUCCAGUAGACCAGGGUUAUGCUGUUGCACCCCACCAUUCAGGAGUCUACCCUGUCCAUCUCCAGCUGUAUGAGACCUGGAGGAAGGUGUGGGACAUCAGGGUUACGUCUACUGAGGAAUACCCUCAUCUCAAACCUGCUAGAUACCGCAAGGGAUUCAUACACAAUGAUAUUAUGGUGCUGCCACGUCAGACGUGUGGAUUGUUCACACACACCAUUUACUAUGAGGACUAUCCUGGAGGACCUGAAGAACUGGACAACAGCAUCAUGGGAGGAGAACUGUUUCUUACUGUCCUGCUGAACCCAAUCAGUGUGUUUAUGACCCACCUGUCUAACUACGGCAAUGAUCGUCUGGGUCUGUACACAUUCCUCCACCUGGCUGACUUCAUCUCUACCUGGACACACCUCCAGCUAGACACUCUACCUCCUCUGCAACUGGCCCAGAAAUACUUCGCCCUGUUCCCCCAGCAGAGACAGCCUCUCUGGCAGAACCCGUGUGAUGACAAGAGGCACAGAGACAUCUGGUCCAAAGAGAAGACCUGUGAUAGGCUGCCCAAGUUUCUCGUCAUCGGACCACAGAAAACAGGAACGACAGCUCUCAGCCUCUUCCUCCUGAUGCAUCCUUCCAUCUCCAGUAGCUUCUCCAGCACCAAGACGUAUGAAGAGGUCCAGUUCUUCAACACUAACAACUACCACCUUGGAAUAGACUGGUAUAUGGAGUUGUUCCCGCUCCCGUCUAACGUCAGCAGUGACUUCCUGUUUGAGAAGAGCUCCGCCUACUUCCCCUCUGAAGACGCUCCUCGCCGCGCCGCCGCCCUGCUGCCUAAAGCCAAGAUACUGACCGUGCUGAUCAACCCCUCAGACAGGGCUUAUAGCUGGUACCAGUGCUUAGAAUAG